AUGAAUGGGUUGGCAGGAGAGGUCAUUGAUGGUUCAGGCACCAUCGACCCGGCAAAUCUGAGCAACUCAGUCUCUGCUCUGCCGGUGCCAUCUCAUGCAGAAGCAACUCCCCGUGGUAUUAAGCGUACUCGCACCCCAGAUCGCAGUGGGAAUGGUCAUACAGCAGGAGAUCAGGAUGAUGAAGACCAAGGUCGCCGUAAGCGCGGUCGUCCACCCAAGAUUCCGCGGGCUAGCUCCAACGACCAUCCGGCUGCAGGCACCCCGAUUCAAACACCUCAGAUGCAAGCCCGCCCACUCCCUCAAAAUAGUGCCGGAUCGCCUCCUCUUGCGUCGCCUCCUGAUAAAACGACUCCCACAAAAUCCAUGGUUAAGGCUCUUCCAACUGUCCGUGAUCAUACGUCAGAUCAGCUAAAUGAUGAGGGCGACGAAUACAUUCCCAAAGAGUUCGAUGAUGCAGGGGAAACUAAAGUCGAUGCCAUGGGGUACCUGCAGGGCAGCCGUGAAUAUAAGUGUCGAACUUUUCGUGUUCCUCAUCGAGGUACAAAACUGUUCAUGUUGGCGACGGAAUGCGCAAGGGUUUUAAACUAUCGUGAUUCAUACCUGCUGUUCAACAAAAACCGAUCGCUACACAAAAUAAUUGCAUCACAAGUUGAAAAGGAUGAUCUUAUUCAGCAAGACAUUCUUCCCUACUCUUAUCGGUCUCGUCAAAUCGCCAUUGUGUCUGCCCGUUCCAUGUUCCGUCAGUUCGGCAGUCGUGUCAUAGUGAACGGUCGACGUGUUCGUGAUGAUUACUGGGAAAGUAAGGCAAGAAAGCAAGGCUUUACUGAAGAGGAUCUAGCUGGGGAAAAGCGCCCUGGUGCUGCUAAGAUUCGGGAUGGGUCUGCUGCAGAAACGACAACUUCUAGCUUGCUGCCGGCACUUCCACAUAACGAUGUUAUCUUCAGCAACACGAUUGAGUCGCUGCCAGCUGGUCUUUCGCUGGAUGUUUCGGGUUCUCCCUCACUCACUCAACACCCUAUGCUCCAUAUGGCUACAACAGACGACCCUCGGUUGAGAGACUAUAACACCAUGCCCCGUGUGCGUCAAGAGUUGACGGGUCAAACCUACCAGGAUCGCAGUCAGCCUAGUUCGGGAUCAGAAAUUCUCAACCAAGCCUCGCAUGCGGCCGAAUUCAACAAGAUUCUCGGGUCACAGCGAAGCUAUCGCAAGAAGGGGUUGGACGAUUUCUAUUCCAAGCCGCGUGAAGCCCCAGAGUCAGAGGCGCAGUCAACCAUUGCUCUUGAUUCAGGGCUCUCGGUAUCACAGCCUAUUCAGCCUGCUCAAAUACAACCUGUGGGUAUUGCCAACCCACCCCAUGCUCAGCAUGUCAUUCCCCAUCAAGCGGCGAUGAUGCAAGGCCAGCAAGCCUUACCUCAGCAGACACACCAGCAGUCUCUCGCACAACCAAAUGUUAGAGCAAUGCCAGGAUACCGUCCCGAUCUUAUGCAUCAACGCUCUAAUCCAUCUAUGUCGGCCGGUGUCGGACAGCCUGCUUACGGUUAUCCUGCUCAACAACAGCCUCAGCAGCAAAUGUGGGGUCAGCCCCCACCGCAGCCGCAGCCGUCACAAAUGUCUCCCUCGGGACCGCAAGGGGUUGGAAUACCUCAAUAUCAGCAGCAGAUGGCGGCGCCUCCGCAGCAGACACAGUCCCCUCUCCACCAUGCGCAACAGCCUCAACAGUCCCCUCGCAAUCAACAUCGCCCGCAAGUGCCCCAGAUGGCUCAGCAAUUUCAUCAAAUGCAGCAGCAUCCACAGGCACAGCAGCAAGCUAUGGGAGGUAUGGCAUUCCCUGGAGGAAAUCCCGCCGCUUACCAAAAUGCCAUGGCGCGGUCGAUGUACCCCUCUGCUCAAGCAGGACCGGGCGGCCAGGCUUUCAUGGCUGGCAACCCUCAGCAAGCUAGUAUGGCAAUGGGUAUGGGUGCAGGUGCUAUGCAAGGGUGGCCCACCGGUCCUGGUGGACCAAUGCAACCUGGUCAGCCCCAACCGGGACAGUCUGGAAGCCCGCUCGGCGGGUGGUCAGGCUACUAG